AUGAGAAAUUACUUGGCCAAGAAAUGUCUCCUGCAAUAUAGCCGUAUUCGAUCAAGCUGUGUGGCAUGUGGCAAUGAUGCAUUUGCACGGUCUGAAGCCGCAUUGGCUCGCUACUUCAAGGAACAAGAUAUCGAUGAAUUCCGUGAAUGCUUCUAUUUGUUUGCUCGUUCCGGUCAAAUUACAACAUUGGAUGAGUUGACCGUUAUUAUGAGAUCGUUGGGUUUAUCGCCCACCAUACAAGAGCUGGUUGGCUAUUUGAAAAAGAAAAAUGGUAAAAUGAGUUUUGCCGAUUUCCUGGAAAUCAUGCAUCAACACACCAAAGUGGAGAAUUUACCUGACGAAGUAAUUGCCGCCUUUAAGGCAUCAGAUACACACAAUACUGGUUUAAUUCCAGCACGUCAAUUGCGUAAUUUAUUACAAACAUGGGGUGAAGGUUUAUCGGUUAGAGAGGUUGAUAACAUCUUCCGUGAGGCUAAUGUUGGCAACAACAGCAUGGUACGUUAUACGGAUUUUGUUAAGAUCGCAUGUGCUCCAGUUCCCGAUUACUAUUGAAUGCACAAAAUGAUC